AUGGCAGCCUCCGAGACGGUUAGACUACGACUUCAAUUUGACUAUCCACCGCCAGCCACCCCGGACUGCACGGUCUUCUGGCUUCUCGUUGACUUAAGCAGAUGCCGAGUUGUCACAGAUCUCAUCAGUCUUGUCCGCCAGCGCUUUGGCUUCAGUUCUGGAGCCCUCCUAGGCCUCUACCUGGACGGGGGGCUCCUGCCCCCUGGCGAGAGUGCGCGCCUGGUGCGAGACAACGACUGCCUCAGAGUUAAAUUAGAAGAAGGUGUUACGGAGAGUCCUGUAGUAGCCAGCAAUGGUGACAGUACUAAUGUAUUACCUAAAAAAGCAAAGAAGCGGGCAUUUAAAUUGGUGGAGGAUGAAGAAGAUGAACUAGGUUACAAAUGUUCAAGGAAGUGUUGGAAGAAGCAAGAGGACAAUGACCAUGAGAAGACCCUGGAUGGGGAACCAAAAACUGCCAUAAACCAAAAUGUGAGGAAAAAAACUAAGAGGAAAAACAAAGCAGCAUGUGAUGAUGAUGGUAGAGAGACCAGAAGAAAAUCACCAAAGAAAAAGGAGAAAGGUGAAUUUAAAAGACAAAUAAAGAAUCACAAGUCUCCUAAAGCACAGGCUGUGAAAGACUGGGCCAUCAAGAACUGUAGUCCGCCAAAAGGCUCGCCUGUUAGAAACAGCCUGGUGAAAGUCAGAAAGAAAGGUGGGAUAGGCAUUUGUGCAAAAGAUAGCCCCAAUUCCUCAUCAGAGUCUGAGUCAUCGCAUGAAUCCACCAGUGAUGGCCUCAGCAAUGCUGUUUCGGAGGUUAAGAAGUCCUCAGAGAAAGUAUCAACUGGAUUACCAAAAGAAGGAUCCUCUGUGAAAAACACAACUAAGAAAAAACUGGUUUCAAAAACUAACUUCAGCCUCACCCCUGUCAAGGGCAAGGCCACCAACACAUCAUCUUCUAGUUCAGACUCCAGUUCUGAGUCAGAUGAUGAGAGCACAGUGUCUCAGAGAACCCCGGAGUGCGCUGCAAGUCUCUUAAAGACAGUGGGCCUUUUCGCAGGAAAAGGUGGCGCAGGGCCAGACUUGUUGACCCAGACUCGAAGUGCUCCUGGAUGGAAGCAUUCCGAUUCACAUGGGGGCAGACAGGCUUCUGGUCCUUCCAACUUGUCUCUCCCCACCAGUUUGGGAAGAGGAUGGGGUAGAGGAGAGGACCUUCUUUCUUGGAAAGGAUCCAGGGGCCGGGGCGUGCGGGGCAGAGGUCGAGGACGAGGGCAAACCAUUCCCUGUGUUUUAAAUCGAAACAGUGAACUUCAGAAGCAGCAGCAGUUAAAUGAAAUGUUAACAAACUCAUCUACUAUUAUACAGAAUCCAGUAGAAAUGCACAAGAAGGACUACAGUACAUUACCACUAUUAGCAGCUGCCCCUCAAGUUGGAGAAAAGAUUGCAUUCAAGCUUUUGGAACUAACAUCUGAUUAUUCUCCUGAUGUUUCUGAUUACAAGGAAGGAAAAAUAUUAAGCCACAACCCAGAGACCCAACAAAUGGAUAUAGAAAUCCUUUCAUCUUUACCUGCCAUGAGAGAACCUGGGAAAUUUGAUCUGGUUUAUCACAAUGAGAAUGGAGCUGAGGUGGUGGAGUAUGCUGUGACGCAGGACAAGAGGAUCACUGUGUGUUGGAGAGAAUUGAUUGAUCCCAGACUAAUUGUGGAAUCUAUAAGUAACAACGCAUCAAGCACAGAACUUGCCUGA